AGAUUAUUUGCAUACUCCAGGUAAGUUAUUAAAAUAUGGCGGACGAGCAAGUCAUGAGUUAGCAAAGUCAAUUUAUGCCUUAAUUUAGCGCCAUACCGGGUCUCACAGCUGGUUCCCACGUCGCCCAAGACGACCCACAGUGUCCUUACAACUCGUUGGAAGUGUAGAAACCUCCCGGGAGGAAGACUGCGUGGUUUUGAACAGGGAAAACAAGUUCGGCAAACUCUCAACUUGAACAUGCUGAAUGGUCGCCCGUUGGUAGGAACGUGUCAUGUGGACUGGAGUAUCUGGUGCCUUUCCACCGACUGGUGAAGUGAGUGGAGAUGUCUGAUCCAUGUACGAGUUGACCGACACCAGGAGUACGGACCUACGUUAUUUUUCUGUGCGACUAGAGGACGCAACACUCGAGUUCCGAUGAGGGAGGGGACCGCCACCACCACGUAACGAAUACCUUUGUGCACAGACAAUGUUUGAACAAGGAGUUUCCGCAAUGGAGGGGCGGACUGCAAAGGUCUAGUCCGGGACCUGGGGGCUGAUCACAUCGUACUGGCAAGUUUAUUCUUGGAGUAAUACAUCAAUCCUUUAAGGAAGUCGCAGGGGCACACUCACAAGGACUACCAUGGUCGAGAAUGAGGGAUGUCGUAUGGCCUUGUCACCCAGUGAGGCUCCAGUCUAUGGAGGGAGCACGAUCGUCGCUGCCUUUGCGGAAGACAGCCCGCUGCCAGAGGGGUGUGACUUUUUCCUCAUCUUCCGAGGCUCUCAGCAGAGACAUAUCACCAUCGCCAGGCAGCUCAACGCCUUCACAUUACAGGCCGUUAUACCAGACCAUGACUGUGCGGAGGUGGUGGAGGUUUCGGUUUGUGCGAGUGACAUAGCCCAUCACCAGAUCAUCGCCUGCAGCCUGUUUCAGUACCUACACGACAAAACGUGGGACAUGGCCAGAUAUCUCGCCGACAACGUGACCAAUCAGGAAUCGUUGGACUCCCCAAACGCGCCCCAUGUGCAGUUCGAUCUGGUCGGGGAGGACGUAGACUCGUUCGAUAUAGGGUUGACGAGUGCCUUCGAAAGUAUGAACCUUCCGCCGUGGUGGAAUGUACUUGGGACUACCACCGAGGAAGAAGACCCCCAGCCCAGGGAGACCUUGCUGCACUUCGCUGCCCGUCUUGGCCUACGGAGACUUGCCGGGUUCCUCGUGGAGAAACCGGGAGCAGAGACGGCCAUCAAGCUGGCCAACAAGGAUGGAGACCUGCCGACGGACCUGGCCAAGAAGACGGGACACGACGAACUGGCAGCGCUGCUUGCAGACCCUGACAGCUACCUGAGCACCAGCCCUGUCCCCCGUGUGUGGGAGACACGUGAGGUUCUACACGACUCCCCAGGGAAGGGGGAGGCGGCCAUGCUGAAGCGCCACAGUCUGGGCUCAGCCACUCUCUCCACACAACUCAGCACAGAGGCAGAGGCCCGCACGUUAGAUGAUGACAUUGCAGUCCUGAAGCACCUGGAUAUGUGGAUCGGACAGAAGAGCCCCAUGCCUGAGCCCGAGCUGGGGAGUCCGCCCACGUCCGUACGGGAGGACCAGGAUUCCUGGGAGGACCAGGAGGCAGCAGAGACAGCACAUUGGACUAGGGUGAUGGUUCAGUCAGGUCCUGCCACUAGAUACACCAAUGGUUCUCUGUUUUGUAAAGGUGAUGAACACAGUGAAGCAGACUUCCUGGAGGAGUCAGCCAGCGACACCGACCCCUUCACAGAGCUCCCCGCCGCGGGUCCCGAUGACGCGGGCACGGCCGCGGGCAUCCCCACCAUCAGCGUCACCCAGCCCACUCCCGAGAGGGACGGGGACGGGCAUGCCAAGAUAUUAGAUGAGAACUUAAGACGGCUGCACAACAUCAACGAAGGGAUCCAGAGACUUCGGGAGAUGAACAAGAAACAAUUUAUUGUAGAGGAGGUGCGGAAAGAGAACCUGUCCCGUCUCAGCUGCUCGUGCCCAGACCUUGCUGAGGGAGCCUCCAGCAGACAGGCACAGCUCAAAAAAGAUGCGACCAGGUGCACCAGUGAAUCCUCCAUGUUCCCAGUGAAGGAGGGACCAGAGGAGUCUGCAGGGAUGGACACAGACAUGUUUCCUCGGGUCGGGUCUCAGGAGCCGCUAGCCGACCUCAGAAUAGAGGAGGAGAGGGACAGGGAGGUGCUUGGUUGGGUUGAAGAGGAUGGAAAGAUGACCAUCGAGGGUGUGACAGAAGACAGCACCAACGUGGACAACAUCUCAGCAGACAAGGACUCUGAAGACGAAGAUUACGACAUCGAGACCAUCCAGCUGGAUGCGGUUGUCAUGCCAACGGCCCCGCUAGAGGAUGGAGAUGAUGGUGAGGAGGAGAAGAGAGGGGAGGGUGAAGAGGAUGGGGAGGAGGAGGUCUCAGCCUCCCGACCGUCCCAGUCACCAAGGAGACACAGCUGGGGGCCGAUCAGCCCCAUCCAGAUGUCUGAAGAGGACAAAAUGGCUACCAUGCUAAAAAGCCACAGCAUGAACCACCUUGAUCACGAGGCAGACCAUGUGGACAGUGAUGAGGAGUUCCACGACGCGAAGGAAGUCAUCACGCCCAACCUGCCCGUCACCCCCGCGUACGACGCGGCCCGGACCCCCUCCCCGCUGAUUCCCUCUCCAGGGGGGGAGGGGGAGGAGGGCGUUGACCCCACCGCGGCCUCCCCUGAGUCAGACAUCAGUGAGAGCGGGACGCUGCUGUCUGAGACGUCCACAGAGACAGGUAGCACAGUGUCCCCCCUGCAUCACCCCUCCCCUCAUCACGUCAAGUCCAGCUCAGCGGGAUCACUCGGAGAUCUCGGCAUAGACAUCAAGGAAGCCAUCGUCGAACUUGAUGAGGAUGAGACUCUGAAGAAGCGGAGUAUGAGCAUGUCUCCUGUACAGCUAGAGAAGGAGAUGUUGAGCUCCCCCGGUCUCACCAAGGCUGUGUCCACAUCAGCACUGCAGCAUGCUUACAUGGACGACCAGCCAGAGUUUAAGAAGCCAGAAGUGCCUCCAGUGAUGCACCCAAGAUCGCAGCACCCGUUUGCACGGCCGAUCAUAGAAGAGAAGCGCUCGCUAACACUGCAGGAGUUUUUGCAGGAAUUUGAGUUGCAGAAGGAUUCAGGGAAAGAUGCUGGGGAGGAGGAGGAUGAGGAUGGGGAUGAUAGCGAGGACGAGGAUGAGAAGCUGAACCGGCUGCUGGACCAGUCCAGCUUCAAGCGCAAGGCUCGCGUGUCCCUCACUGAGCUAAUCAAAGACACGCCCAAGACAACCGUUCAGGUCAAGCACGGUAGCCCGCCCGCCGUCCCCCGUUCGCACAUGAAACGACGGUGUUCCCUGCCCGCCGUUUUCACCAAUAGGGACUCAGGGUUCUAUGACACCAGCCCGUCUAACUUCGAGAGCGACGAAGAGUCGAGUCAGCGAGGAAAGCCUGUCCCAGGUGGCGUGGCGUCGCUGAAGGCUGAUGACAAGGAAAAGUCUGUCCGUAGAAGAUUCAGUUUCAUCUUCUCCAGCACAAGAUUAAAGGGAAAGUCCAAAGGAAAAGACAAGGAGUCUGCCAACACCCACCAGUUCGUGAACAUCAGUUUCUCCAACUCCACAGUCUGUGACAUCUGUGCGAAAACCUUGGCCAACAAGCCGGCCUUGCAGUGUCAGAACUGUUCCAUUAACGUCCACGAGAGUAACUGCCAAAGCUCCGUAACUCCCUGCCCGAAGGCUGGCAAAAGCAAGAAAAACCUGCCAUCAAAACCCAGCAAUACCGGACUACCCCCUCCGUACCCGUACUCUGGAGGGAAGGAGCGACCCAGGUCAGAAAUCAUCCAAGGGAACAAAAGGUAUGCCGGUCAUCCCAACCCAGCUGGCAUGGUGAGGGGCUACGGCCAUGGCAACACCAUGUCCUCCAAACCCGCCUUCCAGACACCCAUAAACAGUAAGCCCAUCAGUGAAGAGGACCAGGACACGGACAUGGCCGGCAGCCGGAUGGGGCGUCCCGCCAGCCAUGGAGGCUCCAUCACAAAUAUCCACGCCACCAUUUCGGCCUCUUUGGAGUCACUAGAUGAAGGUGCAGCUGGGGUGGAUGAGCUACAGGAAGAUGCUGAGCUUCUGUUUAAGGGGAUGGAACCAGAGACAUGGAGGGAAACUAUUGAUAACAAGACCUUGAGGAAACUGAAGUUGUCUGAGAGGGACAUUAAGAGGCAAAAUGCCAUCUAUGAAUUCAUGCGCACAGAAAUGCAACAUUUUAAAACGUUGAAAAUCAUGCAAAGAAUAUUUGCUUACGGCAUGUUGUUCGAGCUCCGUAUGGACCCCACGGUGGUCGACCAGAUCUUCCCAGCGCUAGACGACAUCAUCGACCUUCACACGACCUUCAAACAGAACCUCCAGGACCGGCGGAAGGAGCAGUCACCUGUGGUGGAGAAGAUCGGAGACGUCAUCUGCCAACAGUUCCAAGACGAGCUUGGUGAGCGCAUGACACUAGCGUACGGUGAGCUGUGCAGUAAGCAGGCCGAGGCCAUCAGCAUAUACAAAGAGUGGUACACCAGGGACAGGAAGUUCCAGAACUUCAUCAAGAAGUGCAGCCACAUCCCCCUGUGCAGAAGGUUUGGGGUUCCCGAGCACAUCCGUCUGGUGUCCCAGCGCAUCACCCAGUAUCCGCUAGUCAUUGAUGCAAUCAUCAAGAGAACCAAAGAAUCUAAACCUGACCAUGAGCCACUGAAACAGUCAAGACAACUAGUAGUGGACCUGUUGAACAGAGUGGAUGAGAUGGUUGAUGAUUACAACAGACAACAGAAGCUACUGGAGAUUUACAACAAGCUGGAGAAGGGUCAUGCAACAUUCAAGAACGGCAGGAAAUUCAGGAGAGAUGACUUGCUCCAUAACCACCGCAAGCUGAUACAUGAAGGAGUUGUUGGGUGGAAGAAUGCGAGAGGAACUGUCAAAGAGGUGACAGCCGUGGUGCUAUCUGACAUGCUGCUCUUCCUACACGAGAACAACCAGAGAUAUUCCUUCUACUCGCAGGACCAAAAGUCCGCUGUAAUUCCACUAUUCAAGCUGCUGGUGCGAGAAGUUGCAAACGAGGAGCGCAGCCUGUUCCUGAUCUCAGCAAACACAGUCGAGAUGUACGAGAUCAUGUGUGUGGACGGGAAGGAGCGCGAGACCUGGAUGAAGAUCGUCCGAGAAGCGGUCAACAACUGUCCCGAGGAGGAAGAUGAAGGCAUGAAGAGUGAAACAGAGGAGGAGAGAAAAAUCACAGAGGCCAGGACAGCCAAGAUGAACCAGCUCAUAGAUGAGAUGACCAACAGAGAUCGUGAGGUCAACCAUCACCUACAGGAGAAGAUGAAGGCGCUGGCAGGGCUGACUGAGCUGAUUGGGAGAGAAGAUAUUGCCCAACAGUUGAAGCCCACGUACCCCAUGGCCAUAGACACAGGCGAGGAGCUGCAAGCAAAGAAAUGGCUGCAGGCGGCCAUUCAAGAAGCUGAGAAUCUGAAGAACACGCUGUACGGCCCUGGUGGCCAUCUCAGUCGCAGUGUCAGCAGUGUAGGGGAGCACGGCAGUGGGUCCCACCUCUCACCCGUCUUACCCAAACGGAACAAGACCUUCGGAGGGUUCGACACGAAGGAGGAGUCGACCAACGGCGGAAGAGGUUCCUUUAAGAAGCGUUACCCCGUCUCCACCCUGAACGAUGCAGAACAGCAGAGCAGCAGUUCACCCGACCUGCCCAGCAGGGUGGGAGGGGCCAGUGGUGACAGACAGCAGCUGUCACACAGCAAGUCUGACAGCGUCAGUCCCACCGAACAGGAACACAGGUCGUUCAAGCUGUCGCUGGCUCUCCUCCAGGCUUUCUCUCUCAUCCCCCUGCGCCCCAUCCUCAGUCUCCCUCCCAAGGUCGGACUGGACCGGCGCGGCAGCAGCGGGAGUCGGAAGGUGCACAUGGAAGAGGACGGGCAACAGACGUCAAGUGAACACAGCUCUCAAGGGGACAUCUCAGGAAGAGGCUCGCCACCCCCGUACUCAUUGGUACCACCCAGCUCAGAUCACAUUUCCUCUGUCACCAACUUGAUCGACUACUUGUGUCGCCUCCAGUCCACCAUCUCACAGCAGGACACUGCAUUAGAAAGGUACAAGGUUCAGUUGCUGGAAGCGAACGAGCGGAUAUCCAAGUACCAGCAGGUCCAGGAGAAGGAGAGUAAACGGAGCGUGGAGAAACAACUGGAGGAACUCAGACAACUCCAGGACCAGUUGAGUCGAGAGCGGCACCAGUGGGAGAAGCAGAAGAAGAGGAAGGAGCGGGAACUGCAGAAGGAGGUGGAGUCCCUGGAGGAGGAGCGGUCCGAGUUCCAGCGCGAGAGAGAACACUUCCGUGUGAACGCGCACCACCACCACCACUCCACCAGAGACAUGGGGAACAGUGGUUCGCAGGGACAGUACCGGUCGGUGUCCAGCGCCAGCUACGGCGAGGAGGAUAUCUGGAUUGUAAGGACUACCGGCGAGGGGAGCGACAACGACGGAUCUUCUUCCAGUGCCUUCUACCCGAGCCCGGUUUCCGACAGCGGACUGUCAAACGAGACGCCGCCGGGCACGCUCGAGAGGCACAGCUCGACGGCCUCCCUCUCGCGCAAGACGAGCUCCAAACACAUCCACGAAGUGCCUCCGCAUCUCAUGAGCGCCACCAACCAGGAAGCAAUACGGCAGCGGCCGAAGAGCCCCCCCUUCAAGCAGCAGCUUCCCCUGAAGCUGGCCAGUCACAGCAACCUGCAGCAGCCGCUGGUGACCAACAACAACGUGCGGCCGCAGAGCGUCAGUCCGGGACAGCAGCAGAUGAUACCAAAGAAACUCUCCAACAACAGCGGGUCGAGCCUGCACUCCGGCGGCUCGGGGUCUAGUCUACAUUCCACCGGAAGCUCCCAAACGAGCCCCAACCGGGGGCCAUCACAGAGAAACUCUCCUCCGGGUUCUACCCAGAGACAUUCUCCCCCACAGGAGCAGCAACAGCAGGUUAUCCCGGGAAAGCUGGUGUCCAGCACGACCGUAGUGGCGCACAGUCGGACUCACAGCCUCCCGGCAUACUCGCAUUACGACCAGCACAGCCCGCCCCCACACAACAACAACGAGGAACCGCCGGUUACCACGCCCACCUCCCCGGAACAGAAGGUCAUCUACUUCUGAUUGAACAAGUCAUGAUUGAGUGAUCUGCAGCCAGACAAGUGUUGCAUCCACCUGCAAUAUGCAUCAUACCUGCUAGAGGGCUCUGCUGUCCUUGGAGAUAUGCAAAGAUUGUAGUAUGGCCAAAGCAAAAUGAAAAAUGGCAAAAGCUUCUUAGUGUUACUCCAAUAUUGUAUCAAAAUAAUCACUUAGAGAUGUGAUAUUCUUUAGAGAUGUAAAUAAUUUCGAAGUUAUAUAGUCUAAAAGUUAUACUGAUUGUAUUUUACUAUAUUCAUCAUUCUUCUUGUUGAUAUGAUUUUUUCGUUGUUGGAUUUGAUAUGUAAAUCAUUGCAAGUCCCUGCCUUAUUGUUUGUAUUUCUGUCGUGUAAGACAUGUAAGCCCAGUAGAGCUACUUAUUAUAAGUCAAAACCAAGUGUAAUGGCAACUGACUGCAGAGGCUAGUUUUUAUGCUUAAUAAGUUAUCAUUUAAUGGGAUUUAGUCUGUCCAAAAAACUUCAGCGUAUGUGGUUCUACUUCCGUACCAUAUUAUAUCCCAGUGGAACCAUAUUGGGUAUAUCCUUGGAUGAGCAAGGAUUGCCACAUGCUUAGCUUGUGUAUUUCAACUUCUAUGUGCCCCAUAUUACUACCGACAAAUUUGAUACCAAGUAUACAUGUAGGUCCAUAGAUACCAAAGUAUUAUGUACACUUCCGUUUAAUUUAAUACUUCACCGCAAAGACGAGGAGCGAUUUUAGUUUUCAAGUUCGUAGCGUAAAAUAAUGAUGCUUAAAGCUGCUGAAAAGUGUGUUAGUUUUGAACUUGUACUAGUUGAUGCUGCCAAAUGUACAAUGUACAUUCGCCCCAAAACAACUAUAAUACUGAGAGGUGUGCAGCUUGUGAUGCUUCCAACAUAGGUCGAGGUUUACUUUUAGCUGGUUGCCAUUUCUCAGUAAAUUACAUUGGAGAAAUUCAGCAUAUUACAGACAAAUAUAAAACUUAGAUGUGCUCAGACCUCUUGUUGUUUCUUCUGAUGACAUGAUAUGUUAGAAAUAUACUCUGGGAGUAAGUAACAAGAGUCAGACUCGGGUUCAAAGGAUAAAGGUCAUACGUUGUAUUGACCUGUGAUCGUAUACAUGUACGUGAAGGCACAUGUAUCCUCUGACAUCAUUAUUUACAGUGAUGUUUCCGCAAAUAUUUGUGUAAACAUUUACGAUAUACUGCUAGUCCCUAGGACAGGAGACAAACAAUAAGUGCUACUUAGUCUCGAUUUGUAGCUAUGAUGAAAUCUUGUACCCGAAUGUCUAGAGCAAUGCUGAGGGAUUACUACACCACCAGUGCCAAUAGCACACUGGAUGGCGGCAACGUAAACUCGGACCAUUCCAUUGUGAAUAUAGUAAAAAAACCUAGGUGCUCCCGGUCUGUAUGAUACUGUAAUUUACAAGGUAAUUAUUUGCUUGUGUGCUGACUGAAGGAAAAUCGCAUAGAGGACGACAACUUGGAUUGAUUAAAUUCCACCUUUAUUUCA